AUGGCCAAUCGAUCAGGUCGCACCCGAGCCUGCAUGGUCUGUUCCAUCGUCCAGACUGGCAACGACUUUUUGCGAAAUGGCUGUCCUAAUUGCGAAGAGAUUCUCGCCCUCAAAAACUCCCAAGACGCGAUCCAAGAAUGCACGUCACAAGUUUUCGAAGGCAUGGUCACUCUAGCAGACCCCAAAACAUCCUGGGUGGCCAAAUGGCAAAGAUUGUCAAAUUACGUGCCAGGAAUAUAUGCAGUCAAGGUUGUUGGUCAAUUGCCGCAAGAGAUCAUUGAUGGUAUGGAAGAUCAGGGAAUUAGAUACGUCCCCAGAGACGGUACAUCCAUCGAGGACGAAGCUGCAGCAUAG